AUGGAAGAGUUACAAACCUAUGGAAGUUCAAACUCAAGCAAUGGUGACAGCAAAAUUAGUGAUGAAAAGAUUUUCGACAACAAAGAUGAAUUGCUCACUUUGGUACAUGACAUUGGAAGGAUAAAUGACUUUAAAAUUAUUAUAAGGAUGUUGGACUAUGGUGGCGGUCGUAAGAGACCAAAAAUUUAUCUUACUUGUGAGCGGAGUGGGAAGUAUAGAGUGUGUAAAAAGUUGAAAGAUGGCUCAAAAGACUUAUUGAGACAAACUGGUAUGAAGAAGUGUGAAUGUCCAUUUGAUUUGAGGGCAUACAAGUCAAAAACAAACGAUGAAUGGACAUUGAAUGUCGUUUGCAAGCUGCAUAAUCAUCUAGCUGUGAAGCAUCUCCAAGGACAUUCAUAUGCAAGGAGAUUGUCAACUAAUGAAAAGUCGUUGUUAGUAAAUAUGUCAAAGAGCCUAGAAAGACCAAAAGAGAUACUCAUUACACUCAAACAGAGGGAUGCCCUUAAUAUGAGCACAAUGAAGACAGUUUAUAAUGUACGAAAUCGAUGUAGGGUUCUACAGAAAGCUGGUAGAUUCCAGAUGCAACAACUGCAGGGUGAAUUAGCGAAACAUAAGUACAUUGAGCAUCAUCGAUGUGAGGAACUCUCUAUGACUAUCAUAGACUUGUUUUGGGCACAUCCAGUGAGUUUGGAUUUACUUCGUACAUUCCCUCGUGUGUUGAUUAUGGAUUGCACAUACAAGACGAAUAGAUAUCGACUUCCUCUUCUUGAAAUUGUGGAAGUGACAUCAACACAUAUGACAUCCUCCAUGGCUAUCGCAUGCUUGCAAACUAAGCGAGUUGAUAAUUAUGCGUGA